GUUGAGGGCAGCAGGUGGGAGGAGAGUCCGGGAGCAAGUCGGGCUGUUCGGUUCCCUCCACGGCCUGGAAGCAGAGAAGCAACUGGGCUGAAGCAGGUGUUUGCAGAUCUUUUGUUUCAUUAUCUUUUCCAGGAUCUUUCCAGGUAGUGAUGACAGGCUAAUUGGCCUGUAGUUUUUUGGAUCCAUUUUACUCUCCUUUUUUGAAGAUGGGAACUACAUCAGCUCUUUUCCAGUACACCUGUAGUUCCUUGGUGCGAGAAGAUCUUUCAAAGAGAUGGUUCAAUGGUUCUUAGAUCACGUCUGCCGGCUCCUUCAGAAUUCUGGGAUGUAAUGAAUGUGGUCCUUGUGGUUAGAACUCAUCUAGAAUGGACAGACAAACAGGAUGGCAAUAAGAGCACCUCGGGACAGCUGUAAAUAACAAGCAACAUUGAAAAGGGAAGAAAAUCAUCCCAGAAAUCAAAAGAUUUUCCAUUCUCUUCAGAAAACAAUACAAUUUUGCUCCUCCUCCAGCAGCUAUUAGAGAAAAGAGAGAAAUUCAAGAAAGAUUUCAAUUUUCAAGAUUUCAAUAAGCAGAUUAUGCAGAACUGAAGGAUACAUUACAUGAAAAGUGAAGGGAGAUUAUUUAUCCUUCAGCAAAAGAGGGAAAUAUCUGGAAGUCAGUGGGGAGGAAACUGUCAAUAGUAAAGUCACGUAGAGCAGACAGGAAUGCAGGCCUCUCCCUGUGAGGAAGAAAGUGGCUUGAAUGAAAGGACCACUAAACAAAGCAUUGUCCAUAUUUUUGACUUCCCCAAGAAUAUCAGCUGUGGAAAAACUCCAUAGAUUUGCCUAUUCUGGGAAAAGUACAGAUUGCAAAUAACAGCUGAUUAUGCAACAAGAAGCCAGAAAGGAGAAAAGCAUUGUGGCAAAAACUAAGCUUUAGUGAGCACGGCAACAUGGUGCUACAUCAGAUAACUCACAGGAGGGAGAAAACAUAUGACUGCAGAUUGUGUGAAAGUUUCAUUAGAAAUUCUCAGGUCAUGAGACACUAAAGGACGCACACACAGGGAAAAAACCAUUUGAACAUCUUUUCUGAAGGAAGUUUCAGUGAGAAUUCCAUCCUGAUGAAGCACUUGAGGACUCACAAAAGUGAAACCCUUUGAAUGUCCUGAUUGUGGAAAAGUUUGUCACAAUUGCAUCAGUAGAUUGAUUAUAGGGAGAGACUGUAUGAGUGUCUAGAUUGUGGGGAAAGCUUCAUUAGAAAUUUCCAUCUCACACACCAGAGAACUCACACAGAAGAGAAACCCUUUGAAUGUCCUGAUUAUGGGAAAGUCACAAUUCCAGCCUGGUGAUACACCAGAAGACUCACAUAGGAGAGAUAUGCUUUGAAUGUCCUGAUUGUGGGAGAGGUUUCAGUCAUAUUUCCCGCCUGGUAAUACAUCAGAGGAUUCUCUCAAUGGAGAAACCUUAUGAGUGUCGAGAUUGUGGGAAAGGUUUCAUUAGAAAUUCCCACCUUCUGAGACACAAAAUCACACACACAGGAGAGAAACCCUUUGAAUGUCCCAACUGUGGGAAAAGCUUUAGUGAUAAUUCCAGCCUGGUGAAACACCAGAGGACUCAUAUAGGAGAGAAACCCUUUGAAUGUCCCGACUGUGGGAAAAGCUUUAGUGAUAAUUCCAGCCUGGUGAAACACCAGAGGACUCAUACAGGAGAAAAACCCUUUGAAUGUCCCGACUGUGGGAAAGGUUUUUGUGAUAAUUCCAGCCUGGUGAAACACCAGAGGACUCACACAGGAGAGAAACCCUUUGAAUGUCCUGACUGUGGGAAAAGCUUUAGUCACAAUUCCAAUCUGGUGAGACACCAGAGGAGUCACACAGGAGAGAAACCCUUUGAAUGUCCUGACUGUGGGAAAAGCUUCAGUGAUUAUUCCACCCUUUUGACACACCAGAGGACUCACACAGGAGAGAAACCCUUUCAGUGUCCUAUAUGUGGGAAAAGCUUUAGUGAUAAUUCCAAUCUGCUGACACACCAGAGGACUCAUACAGGAGAGAAACCCUUUGAAUGUCCUAUCUGUGGGAAAUGUUUCAAUAGAAAUUCCAACCUCAUAAUACACCAGAGGACUCACACAGGAGAGAAACUCUUUGAACGUCCUAUCUGUGGGAAACGUUACAGUCAGAAUUCCCACCUGGUGAUACACCAGAGGACUCACACGGAAGAGAAGCCCUUUGAAUGUCCUAUCUGUGGGAAAAACUGUAGCGAUAAUUCCAAUCUGCUGACACACCAGAGGACUCACACAGGAGAGAAACCCUUUGAAUGUUCUGACUGUGGGAAACGUUACAGUCAGAAUUCCCACCUUGUGAUACACCAGAGGACUCACACAGGAGAGAAACCCUUUGAAUGUCCUAUGUGUGGGAAAAGUUUUAGUAAUAAUUCUAGCCUAGUGAAACACCAGAGGACUCACACGGGAGAGAAACCCUUUGAAUGUUCUGACUGUGGGAGAUGUUUCAGUCGCAAUUAUACGCUGGUGACACACCAGAGGACUCACACAGGAGAGAAACCCUUUGAAUGUCCUGAUUGUGGGAAAAGUUUUAGUCAUAGUUCCAGCCUGGUGACACACCAGAGGACUCACACAGGAGAGAAACCCUUUGAAUGUCCUGGCUGUGGGAAAGGUUUUUGUGAUCAUUCCAGCCUGAUGAGACACCAGAAGAUUCACACAGGAGAGAAACUCAUUGAAUGUCCUAUCUGUAGCAAAGGUUUUCGUGAUAAUUCCAGCCUGGUGAAACACCAGAAGAUUCACACAGGAGAGAAACCCUUUGAAUGUCCUGUCUGCAGGAAACGUUUCAAUCAGAAUUCCCACCUAGUGAUACACCAGAGGACUCACACUGUGGAGAAAUCUUUGAAAUGUCCUCCAGAAAUUAAAAGUGUUUUAAUCAGCUGAGAAACAGUUUGGAGACAGCUUGCAUGGGCUGCACGACAAGCCGUGUCCGGCUGUGAGCGGCUGCAGAAGUCAGGCAGCGGUUGAUGCCUGAGAGGAUCCACACUGGGAGUGGUUGGCAUAGCAAAUCUUUGGACUUCUGUCUGGAGGAAGGAGAAUUAUCAAGAAAGUUUGUACUACCUGUCUUGUAGGAGUAGCUGCGCACCCACUAUUCAAUGACACACGGAGGUUAUCCCCUUCACCUACCUCUACAUAAAGCAGGGGUCCUCAGUCUUUUUAAAUUGGCCAAUUCAGCCUGUCAAACUAUUGGGGAGGGGGGGCGGACCAGCUGGGUGGGUGUGGCUAAGAUGUCAUGUGACUGGAUGGGCGUGUGAGGGAAAUGGAAUUAUUUAUGUAAAGAAUGUAGCCUAAGCGACUCCAUAUUUACCCUUCAUAUAAACUGAGGUAACCCUGAGCUAUUUAGGUGUGUAAGACAGUUAGAAAGAGGAAGUAUGUACGAUGCCUUUUCUGAGGAAAUAAUGCCAGACACUUAAGUUAGUACAUUCUGAGUUGGGUCAGGCUGAACCAAGGUAAAUCAGAAGGAAGAUACCCUGUUCCAAUUAAUUGUUUUAGUUAAGGAUGUAUUGAAAGGG